UUUGAUUAGAAAAACAACAAAAACAAAAACAAAAAAAAAAAACAAAACAAAAAAAUAAAGCAAUUGGAAUUUGCUCUUCCAAGUUUUGUUGUUGUUCGUAGAAUGAGUCUGCCUAUCCUUAAUUGCUCCACGGUGACAAAAUUCAUAGAAGAUGCAGAAAAGUUCGAGAAGUGCAUAAAUGAAUGCUUUGUGAAGCUUGACAUCGAUGGAGAUGGUUUGCUUUCGCGUAAGGAACUUCGUGGAGGUUUUGGUAGCCUCUUACCAGUUGGGUCGGUUUCAGAGCCAAGAGAAGAGAUAAUAAGCAAGCUUAUAGAUACCAUAUUCGAGAGGUUCGAUGAGGAUCACAAUGGUGGUCUUGACUCUAAAGAAUUCAAGUCUCUUUCAAAGGAAAUGAUGCUUGCAAUGGCUAGAGGAAUUGGAAGUUCACCGGUUCAUCUUGCUCUUAACAAAGAUAGCCUUCUCAUGAGAGCUGUUGAGCAUGAAUUGGCCACAAUGUGAAACAAACUAAUAUUAUUGGAUUUGAGAAAAUAUAGAACCAGAAAAGAGUACUCAUAGAAGGCAUACAAUGGCAGUGACUUUGAACAACAAUUAGUUUUUUCUUCAUGGAAAAUGUUUAAAGUGUUUGUUCUAGUUUUUAUGUAGGGUUAAUAUGCACAAAAUAGUGUAUAAAAUUGUUAUUCUUUUUUUCUUUUCCAAUAAGAAUAGAACCGAGAAUAUUGAUAACAAAACCCACCGUCAGAAUUCUUUUUUUUUUUUUUUU